AUGCAAGGAGAAAGUUCCGAACUUUCAGCAUGUCCCAGCUUUAACAGCUACUCUUCGGAUAGACUCGCAGCCAUAGCGGCUGAAGUAACCCGCGAGUUUGACGGUGUUGGGGACCGGCAGCGACAACUUGGUGAUGAUUAUCGGGGCGAAGAACCAGAGGACAACGAUGACGACUUCGAAUUCGUUUCGGUUCGUAGGGUCGACGAUGUGGCCGUCAUCGACGGCCACAUAGGUCCGGUUUUCCCUAUAUUCAAUCGCAACCUCUUCGCGGAGAAGAGUCAACAGAAAAUCAAUGAAACGUGCGAUCCAGAGGAGGCAGAGGGUCACGAUGUGCUGUCCGUCCGGGUUCCGCUAAAGCAGCUGUUCGGAGAGGAACGCGAUCAAACGUCGUCGACGUUUUCGACGUCUUCGGAGGAAGAGGUGGAGGACGGGCUGGAUGGGGUCCCUCCCGGAACCUACUGUAUUUGGACUCCGAAUAGUAGUAACAACAGCUCGGCCAAAGCCUCCCCCAGCAAAUGCAAGAAAAGCAGUUCCACCGGAACUGGACCGGCGUCGGCAUCAAAACGCUGGAGGCUCUCGAGUUUUCUUCGCAGAUGCAACAGCGAAGGCAAGGAAUCGUUGGUGUUCUUGACGCCGAAGAAGGAAGCUGAGAUUAGAGCCGAGAAGGCCGAACUGGAUCAUUCGAAGCUGGAAAAGAAGGUACCGAAGAAGGCCGUGUCGAAGGAAACCAUGUCGUCGGCACACGAAGCUUUCUACGUGAGGAACAGGGCGAUGAGGGAGGGGGGCAAGAGGCGGACAUACUUGCCAUACAGGCAAGACUUGGUCGGUUUCUGGACUAGCGUGGGUGCGUUAGGCAAGACCUUCCCUCCUUUCUGA